AUGGUCCUCAAACAGGAGAGAUACAGGCGGGAGCUCAGUCGGUAUGUAGAGGCCAAUAAGCUCAUGACUGAGAACGCCCGGCUGGAGAACAAGCUGGUGGAGCGAAUGGCUGCCCAUGCCUCGGGUGAGAAAGAUCUCUUAGACUUGGAAGCUCCUCAGCCCGUCAGCCAGUCUGACUCUGAAGACAAGGAUGAGAAGCGAAAGUUACAUCUGGCUGCAUCCCAGAGGGCCAUGCUGUUGGCUCAGAGCAUCGAGUUGAGGGACCUUCGCUCCAAGCUCAUGGCAGCAGAGGAGGAGAAGGCGCAGGAUGCCGCGCUGCUUGCCAGGGUCCUGCGCGAGGCAGAGGAGGCCAAGGCAGCCGCCCGGGAUGCUCAGCAGGCGCGUCGGGCUGCCAGCCAGCAAGCAGCGGCCGAAAGCGUGUCCCAGGCCGCCGCCGAGUCGCAGCGACGCUGCCAGCUGGAGGCGGAGGAGGAAAGAAAGGCAUUGGCAUACAUCCAGCUGCGCCGCGAUGCUCACGAGCAGGAGGCGGCAGCAAGGGCGGGUCGUGCCCGCCAGCACGAUAGCGCCGUGGCCGAGCUGUCGGCGGCAGCACAGCGUGCCCAGCGCGCAAAAGAGGAGCACGAGGCCGCGCUGGCCGCGCUGCACGCGGAGCGCGCAAUCAGCGAGGAGGCCCGCGCUGCCAGCGCGGCCCGCGAGCGGGAGGAGCGCGAGUACGCGGACCGCCUCGUCGAGCGCCUGGCCGAGGAGGAGAAGGUGGAAAAGGCGGCACAGGCGGAGCGGCGCCAGAGGGAGGUGGAGCGCACGCGGCAGGUCGGCUCCGUCCUGGCGACCCGGCGCGGCGGGGGCCGAGCGACGCAGGCAGAGGACCUGGCUGCCGCAGAGGAGGCCGCCUGCAGGGCCAAGCGCGAGGCGGCGGCCGUGGCGGCGGAGCGCCUGCGCCUUCUCACCGGCGCCCGGCACCUGGUACCACAUCUGCCCCGCGAGACGCUGCGACCGGGGGAGGCAGCUCUGCUGCUGAGCUGA